AAAAAAUUGAUAAAGAGUCAUUAUCAAUGUCGAUGUAGGACGUGCUAAUUAAUCUACGUUUUUUCGCGUAUUCGUAGUAUUAAUUUGUUAAAAUUAGUAGUUAAAUCAAUUCACAAUGAAUAAUUCUAAAAAUAUUCAAAAUUCCAAACUUUCAACUGAUGCACGUUGUGAUGCAAUUGGCAACCCGGACCCUGUUUCGAAUCUGCGACCGAUCAGAUUUUAUGUUCCUGAGAAAGAAACUGAAUUAGAAAAACUAUUUCGUAUUGAAAGGCAUAAAGUUCAGGAAUGGAAUAACGAGUUUUGGACUAAACAUAACUACACUUUUCGUAAGGAAAAGGAAGAAUUUCACAAGAAGUACGUCACUGAGGGUAGUAAAUCUAAUCAGUCAGAUAAAAUUUCUGUUUUUUAUAAGGAUUUCUUAGAUCGAAAUUGGAAAACACACCGCCGCUAUAACAUGGAAUGGUAUAGAAAAAAUAUCUAUUUGUCUUCUUUAGCUCUUAGAGUCAAUGUUAGUCGUUUUCUUAGGUACUUGAAAUUUUAAAUUGAUUAGGAGAGUUACGAAGUCAUUAUGCAAAGUUGUUUUUAUUUAAUUUGUUGAUUUGUGUGUUAUUUUUGUGAUGUGCUGCUAAUGUUUCAAGCUUUAGUUAUGCAAGUUGUCCCAUUUAAAGUUAUUUAAAGAAACAAAUAAGGAAUCAUGAUAAUUUAAAAAAUUAUAAUUUUUUCAUUGAAAAUUUUGUUCAAGAUGAAUUAUAAUAUCUUAGCAACAUGUA